AUGAUCUCUCAGCAGAAGUCCGUGAGCCAAAGUGUCUCGCUGAAGCGCGCGCGCACCAGCGAGGCAGAGCCCGAGCCGGGCGCGCGGCCUCGACAAAAGUGCACGCGCAAAGCCCAGCUCUUCGAGACGGACUUCGGCGUGAGCCCUCAUCAAGUGAAAAUCCAGAGUGCAGAGCUCUUCCCCAUGGCCGCUCCCUCAAACAGGAGACUACGGUUAUACUGGUCUGGGAUCUGUGUGCUGCUGCUCCUCAUCCUCCUUCAAAUCCUGCUGCUGCAUUUCGCUGGCGUUUUCAUCAACUCCAAAGAAGUUCGCUUUGGUCCUGCAUUUUUCUGUCUGUACAGUCAAGAUGAUGAACCACUGUGUGAUCAACAGGAAAGGGAUUUCUACCCACAUUCCUUUAGUUGGAGGACCAUCAUCUAUGCCAUGAUGCCCCUGUGUUUUUAUGUUCCGAUUGCACUGGUUGCAUUUGCACUGCUGAGCUUGCUCUUCUCUGCUUAUGGUAAAGACAGAGGGACACUCUGGUGCAGCCUGGCCCUCCAGGCUGCUUCCUGCCUCCUCAUUCUGGGAGGCAUCAUUGUGUUUUUGAUAAGGUUUCGCUCCUACGUGAGUUUGGAAAACAUGACAGUGUGGUUUUAUUUGUGUCUGGGUGUGGAAGCAAUGCUAAUUCUAACAACUGUGCUUACAUGGAUUUUGGGAAGAAAGCUGACAUCUGACUGGAAAUAAGUAACUUCAGACUGCAUCAUCCUUCAAAUUCUUUUUUAUUUGUCCAUUGAUGUAAGUGAUGAAAUCCCUUUGAGUUUUUGCAUUUACUGUUGUAUCGAUUAAAUUGACAUGUGGACAUAAUAUCUUUUUUAAAAGAUGAUAAGAUGAAGAUAUGAGUUGAAAAAGCAACAUUUCCAUGAAGGUUAUGCUGAAAAAUAUGAAUGUGACUUUGUUUAUGAAAAAAGAAGAAUCUGUAGCUCCACUGUCAUUAAGCUGCAGCCAGACAUUUUUAGGUUGCUGCAAUUUAUGAUAGUAGAUGUAAGACUUCUUACAGCUAGUGCCACUAAGGUAAAUGCCUACGCUGCAAGGCUUUUUCAGUUUGCUGUAUGAGGUUAUAAUAGAAAGAAAAAAUAUCAUAUGCUCCAUUGUGUGAUAAGCAAACAGAUGUAGCUUAAAGGGUUUCACUUUGACCGUUUUUUACCAUCCACAAAUUAUCACUGUUUAGCAUGUGCUAGUGAAGAUUCUCAGUCAUCCAGGUCAUAGUCAUUCCAAAAAAGUAAAAAAAAA